UUAUGUUCAUGCUCCAGCCGCUACCGCCGCCUACAGGCGAUUUCAUGUAUCAUUAUUUGUGCUUGUGUGCUUGCAUUUAUUAAUAAAGUCAGUGUCAAUCGAGAGCUCGAGUCGUGUGUACAGUGUUAUUAUUUAUUUAACCUCUCUAUUAUUAGAGUAAUUAGUUUUACAGUCCACGGUGUGAGUGAUUACGACUCGCAUCUUAACGUAUGUUUGAUUAGUGUUCAUCAUCACGUUAAUUCAUGGUCCUCCGGGCCGGAUAAUUACCGCGACAUAAAGAUGAGAGACAUUUUGAUGUGGACAAAGUGUAAGCGUGCGUGUGAGUGAGAAAGAUGGAGCGGAGAGAGACAUUUCGUUCAUCAUUGAGUGUACUGUGCAUGUCUAGACAGGUCUAGAUAUUAUGCAGAUUGCAGAACAGCCGUGCAGAAGAGACGUGGAGAGGAGCAUCUAAUAACAACAACAAUUGCGUAAGAUUGUUUUCAUAGUUUUUCAUUACUGUAGCUAUCAACUUGAUUUCUACAUUGCUUCUAAAAGAGUCAACUCAAUAUAAACAAUGGAUGAAGAUGCGAUUAAAAAAGCUCAUCGAGCUAGAGGAUUACAAAAGGCUAAAAUAACUAGAAUUCAUAGCUACAUAGAAAACAACUUUGAUGAUACUAACAACAUUGACUACGAUAUGCUCAAAGUUAAAUUAGAGGAUUUGAAUACAGCAUUUCAAUGUUAUGAUGAAAUUCAGUUGACGUUAGAAAUGAAUGAUGAGAAAGAAGAAGUGGAUAGAUUUGAUAUCGAGGAUAUUUAUGCAACACUUCGUGCAAAAAUGCGUAAACUAUUGGAAUCAAGAUAUGCUAACUUACGGAUGAUUGCCUCCAAUCAUUCAAACCUGAUUUUGAACAUACCUGCUGUUUCAAAGGAGUCGGCUACCGAGCUAGCUUCAUUCAUUGACAGAGUUUCGAGUAAUUUGCAUGCUUUGAAAGCAUUUCAAGAUUUGAACUAUGCUGAGUUCAUUUUAAUUCAUUUUCUCUGCCAUCGUUUAGACACAAAUACAGCUAAAGCUUGGGAGAUGAGUUUGAAGGCUGACCAGUUUCCUUCUAUUAACGAUUUUAUUUCAUUUCUGGAGAAGCGACGUCAGAUUCUGGAGAAUACAUCCCAUUCUCUCAAUGACAUUUGUAAGGAACGAUCUGAUAAAUCACAGACUCAAAAACAUAGUGCAUCUCAAAGGUCACAGUCACAGUCAUAUCAUGUCAAUACACAACAUGCUGAUAAAAUAUGUUUGUUUUGCAAAGAAAAUCAUGCACUUUAUUUAUGUAACAAGUUCAAUCAAGUAAGUAUUUCUGAAAGAGUAGCCUUUGUGAAAUCAAAUAAGCUAUGUUUCAAUUGUAUGCGAACAGCAGAACAUCAUGCAAAGGAGUGCACUAGUUCCAAUAGAUGUAGAAGCUGUAAUGGAAACCAUCACACACUGCUUCAUUUCAAAAGAGAAGAGUACAAAGAGAAGGAAAUGGAGCAAGAGAGUGGAGGCUCAUACUGUAGUGUGAAGACGCAAAGAGCGUCCAAAGUAUUGUUAGCUACAGCAAUAAUUUCAGUUGAGGAUAAGUAUGGAAGACAACACAAAUGUAGAGCUCUUCUAGAUGCUGGAUCACAAGUAAAUUUUGUAUGUGAAGCUCUAGCCCAACAAUUAGGAAUUAAAAGAGAAGCUGCAAAUUUGUGUAUUUCUGGUAUAAACAAGAUUUCAACCUCAGCAAGGCAAAGUGUAUCGAUAAAAAUAUCAUCAAAUCACAGACCAUUUACCAGAGAUAUUUUGUGUUUUGUACUGCCACACAUCACUGGUGAUCUCCCCUUGUCAAACAUUGAUGUUAGUAGCUGGGGACUCCCUAACAACAUUGUCUAUGCUGAUGAGGAAUUUCAAAUUGCAAGUAAGCCACAGAUUCUUUUGGGAGCUGAAAUAUAUUAUGAAGUUUUAUUGCAAGGACGUUUUGAUCGUGGUCCUGACUACCCUAAAGUGAUUGAGAGCAUAUUAGGAUGGUUCAUCUCCAGAAAGCUGCCAGAAGACUCCAAUGAAAAUCAUGCAGACAAUCAUGUCAAAAGUUUCUUAGUGUCAAGUGCAACUGAUGUGCAAAAGCAACUACAGAAAUUUUGGGAGAUGGAGCAAUAUGAUGAGCCACAAUGCAGAUCAAAGGAAGAUGAAUAUUGUGAGGAAUUCUUCUCUAAGACUACCAAAAGAGAUGAUGAUGGGCAUUUUGUUGUAAGACUACCACGGCGUGCCAACCAUAGGGCUUUGGGAGAUUCAUUAAUGAAUGCAGAGAAUAGAUUUCUCAAGAUGGAGAAGAAACUGAGCAAUAAUGAAAUUCUAAGAGAAAAUUAUGUGAAGUUCAUGCAUGAUUAUGAAGACCUUGGACACAUGAGAGUCAUCCAAUGUAAAGAUCUCAUUGGGAAGAAGCAUCAAGAGAAAGCUUAUUACCUACCUCACCAUGUUGUUAUCAAGGAAAGCAGUAGUACAACCAAGUAUCGUGUCGUAUUUGAUGCUUCAGCAAAAGGGAGCAAUGGGGUAUCUCUGAAUUCUAUUUUGAUGACUGGUCCAACUAUUCAACAAGAUAUAUCAUCCAUAAUUCUUCGUUUUCGUACUCAUCUAUAUGUAAUGACUAGUGAUAUCACAAAGAUGUACAGAAUGAUAAAAGUGCAUCCAGAUGACUACCAUCUUCAAACAAUUCUCUGGCGAGACAAUCCUCAUCAGGACAUCAAGCACUACCAGUUGACAACAUUGACUUAUGGAACAGCACCAGCAGCCUUCCUUAGUACUCGCUGUUUAGCUGAAUUGGCUGAGGAGAACAAGCAAGAAUAUCCACAUGCAGCACAUGUAAUAAAAAAUGAUUUUUAUGUGGAUGACCUAUUGACUGGUGGAGAUGACCUUGAUACAGUGAAAGCACUACAAAGGGAGGUAGCAGAUAUCCUAUAUAGUGCUGGAUUCAUGCUACACAAGUGGUGUGCUAAUGACAAACAACUGCUAGAAAGUGUUCCCAAGGAGAAAAGAGAACAAAACUUGUCAAUCAAACUUGAAGAAGCUGAAUCUAUCAAAACUUUGGGUUUAAUCUGGAAUCAUGAGAGGGAUAUUCUCAAUUUUGAUAUCAACAUCGAUUUAUCCAGAACAAAUUACACAAAACGAAUGGUCUUAUCAACAAUUGCAUCAAUUUAUGAUGUGCUUGGUAUCCUGGGACCAUUUAUUGUCAUGUGCAAAAUUUUCAUGCAAGAUCUGUGGAAAUAUGACUUAAAAUGGGAUGACAAACUUCCUCCUAAAUUACAUGAAGCAUGGAAUGAUAUUAUUCAAGAAAUUCCAAAAUUGAGACUUAUUACAGUACCAAGGUUUGUGAAGGCAUCAGGCUCAAUCAUCAAUGUACAAAUUAAUGGAUUUUCAGACGCAUCAGAGAAAGCGUAUGGAGCUUGUGUUUAUUUGAGAACUGUUGAUGUAAAUGGAUCAACUUGCAUACGACUCCUAUCUUCAAAGUCUUAAGUGGCUCCAGUCCAACAGAUUUCUCUUCCUAGAUUGGAGCUGUGUGGAGCACUCAUUCUGAGCAAGUUAGUGAAGAAAAUUUUAUUAGCACUACGUUUUGAUGUUGAUAAAAUACUAUUGUGGACAGACUCUACUGUAGUUUUGGCCUGGUUAUCAGCAAACCCUUCAAAAUGGAAAACAUUCAUAGCAAAUCGUGUGUCAAAGAUACAAGAGCUUACAAAUCAAUACACCUGGCAACAUAUUUCAUCAAAGGAGAAUCCUGCUGAUGCAAUUUCAAGAGGAAAUUCAGCACAAACUUUACAUACUAACAAUUUGUGGUGGGAGGGUCCGGUCUGGUUGAAACAGACUGAGGAGAAUUGGCCUCUGCCAAUCACAAACUCAAGCACAGUUAUGGAAAUGAGAGACCCUGAAGUGUUGGCUAGUGUUGGAUGCAUUGAAGAGGAGUUUUCAGCGAAAUUUCAAUCCCUGACAAAGACAUUGCAUAUUAUGGCUUAUGUUUUAAGAUUCAUCAACAAUAGCAGAAAUUCAAAGGAAAAAAGAGUUGAUGUAUUAACUCCAGCAGAAUUAGAAAGUGCCCUGAUCAAAUGUGUGAGACAAAUGCAAGAAAUCUACUUGAGUGAAGAAAUAUUGAGUUUAAAGGGAUCUGGAGUAUUAUCAAGGGAAGUUCACUCAAGAGCUUGCUACCAUUUGUUGACAAGUCAGACUGUCUCAGGGUGGGCGGAAGAUUACAACAAUCUGCAUUGGAUUACAACGCAAAACAUCAGAUCAUUCUACCAGCAAAGGCACAUUUAACUCAGUUAAUAGUGUAUCAUGAGCACAAACGUCUAUUACAUGGAGGCAGCCAGCUAGUUCAUUCUUCACUGAGACAAAAAUUCUGGAUUAUGAAUGGGAAAUCGGUAAUAAGAAACUUACUACAUCAAUGUGUGACAUGCUACAGGUUCAACACAAAGAAAACUGAACAACUGAUGGGCCAACUGCCCAAGCAUCGAGUCAGUCCAUCCAAACCAUUUCUCAAUGUGGGAGUUGAUUAUGCAGGACCAUUCACUAUUCAUCAAGGUGGGCGGCGCAGUAAAGUUACAUCAAAGGCUUAUGCAGCUUUGUUUGUCUGUAUGGCUACAAGAGCAAUUCACUUGGAAGUAGUAAGUGAUUUAACAACUGCAGCAUUCAUUGCUGCUCUGCAAAGGUUCAUCUCAACUAGAGGAAUUUGUGCAACUUUGUUCAGUGACAAUGGUACUAACUUUGUUGGAGCUAAAAAUGAACUGCAUGAAAUGUAUGUUAUGUUGAAAUCAUCAGAAAAGGCUAUAAAGGAAGCAGCAGCGAUUGAAGGAAUUGAAUGGAAUUUCAUCCCAGCACAUUCACCACACUUUGGAGGAUUAUGGGAGGCAGGAGUAAAAUCCAUGAAAUAUCACCUACGUCGUGUCAUGGGCAAAUUUAUCCCAACAUUUGAAGAGCUGACCACAAUACUGAAAAUAAUUGAAGCAUGUCUGAAUUCUCGACCAAUAUGCCAGAUUUCUACUGACAUCUCAUCUCCACAAGCUUUAACUCCAGGACAUUUUCUUAUAGGAGGACCAAUCAAAUCCUUUCCCGAGACCGACUACUUAAAAACUCCCAUCAACCGUCUCACCAGGUGGGAGCUGAGUCAACAAUGUGUUCAACAGCUAUGGCAACGAUGGUCAAAGGAAUAUUUACAUCAACUUCAACAGCGAACGAAAUGGCAGUCGACAUCAUUCAGCAUCCAGCCUGGAAUGGUCGUCAUUUUGAAAGAGGACAAUCUACCCCCUCUUCAUUGGAAGCUAGCAGUAAUAGAAGAUAUUCAUCGAGGACCAGACAACUUAGUGAGAGUCGUGACAGUCAGAACUGAUUCUGGACUUUACAAAAGAUCAAUCAAUAAAAUUUGUAUUUUACCAACAAAGGAUAAUGAGAAAUUAAUAUAAAUUGAAUUUCUGGUGGGCGGUAUGUUCAUGCUCCAGCCGCUACCGCCGCCUACAGGCGAUUUCAUGUAUCAUUAUUUGUGCUUGUGUGCUUGCAUUUAUUAAUAAAGUCAGUGUCAAUCGAGAGCUCGA